UCGAAACACAGGCUAGCUCACUUCCUCGCCAAAAUCCACGUGCAGACAAGGAGCCCAACUCUCCUGUGUGUCUACGCAUAUCAACAAAAUGAAACGCCCGAAGUUGAAGAAAGCAAGUAAGCGCUUAUCCUGUGCGAAGCGUUUUAAAAUUCAGAAAAAGGUCCGAGAACAUACCCGAAAACUACGGAAAGAGGCCAAAAAGAAGGGGAUAAGCAAACGUGUCAAGAAGGAUAUUGGAGUACCAAACAGCGCACCUUUCAAAGAGGAGAUUCUGAGGGAGGCUGAACAGAGAAAACUACAGCUUGAAGAGCUGAAAGAACAGAAUCGGGUUGCCAAGCAAACUGAAAAGGCCCAGAAAAGGAAGAAGGAGAAAGAGGCUGCUAAAGCUGAAACAGAGCCCAAGGCCAAAAAACAGAAAAAGGAUAAGAAGACCAAGCAGCAGCAGAAAAAGUCCACUACAGGGACAAACAAAAGCGCCAAGAGGUUCCGUUGCAAAGAACUGAACAAGGUGAUUGAAGCGUCUGAUAUCCUAGUAGAGGUCCUUGAUGCCAGAGACCCUCUUGGUUGUCGGUGUCCUGAGCUUGAGGAGGCUGUGUUGAAACAUGAGGGCAAGAAGAAGCUGAUGUUUGUGUUAAACAAAAUAGACCUUGUACCGAAAGACAACCUGAAAAAGUGGCUGGAGUAUCUUCAAUUGGAGUGUCCAACCUUUGUGUUCAAGGCAUCCACACAGCUUCAAGACCGAACAGUAGAGGAGAAGCGGAGGAGACGCAUGGCAAAUGGAGUGGAUCACUCCAGAGCAGGGACUGCAUUAGGUCACACAUCUCUCCUGGAGGUGCUCGGGGAAUAUGCCACAACACUCAACACAGAGAGCAUGCUCAAAGUGGGUAUUGUCGGCUUCCCCAGUACAGGGAAGAGCAGUCUGAUCAACAGCCUGAAAGGUCUGCGGGCUUGCCACGCUGGAGUUCAGCGAGGACUGACCAAGUGCAUGCAGGAGGUGCACAUCUCCAAAACUGUCAAGAUGAUUGACAGUCCUGGAAUAAUUGCGACACCUUCAAACUCUCCGGUGUCCAUGGCGCUCAGAAGUCUGCAGGUUGAGGAGAAGGAGGAAAGCUCUUUAGAGGCUGUUCGAACUCUUCUGAAACAGUGUGACCAGCAGCAGAUUAUGCUGCAAUAUAAUGUUCCAGACUACAGAAAUUCUGUGGAAUUUUUGACAUGUUUUGCCAAGAAGCGUGGAUUUCUGUUGAAAGGUGGUGUCCUGAACACUGAAUUGGCUGCCACCACAUUUUUGAAUGACUGGACAGGAGCAAAACUGAGCUAUCAUUCCAAACCACCUGACAAUCACCCCCUGCCUCCAUACCUGUCAGACACUAUGGUAACAGAGAUGCAAGGGGGAUUGGAUAUGGACAAGCUAAAGAGCGGCAACGAGGAAAUUAUUAACAGUGUGAAGUGCCCAAACCCAGCUAGCAGCAUAGGAUUCCUCUCAACGGGUCCCACUGCAGGGAUGUUGAAUGAAAGUGAGAUCCCAGAGGAGAAGGCUGUAGUGCAGGAGGAGGAGGAGGAUGCAGAGAACAUGGAGAAUGGCAGUGAGCCAGAGGAGUCCGCUGAGAUGGAUGAGCUGCAUGGAGACGAUGGGAUGGAGGAGGAGACGAAACAGAAGAAACUAACAGGAAAAGCAUCAUCAGAACCCCAUAAGGCGGCGGUUAAGCGGGUUGCUUUCAAUGUGGACCUCUCCUCUGCACAGCAGAAUGAUGACGAGGCAUAUGACUUCAACACAGACUUUAUCUGAGCUCUUGGAGCUUGGCCUUUUUUUUUACAUGUCAAUGUAAAUGUCAACUUCCUGUUGACCUUAAUGUAUUUAAGGUCUGUCGGUCUAUUGUGCAUUCACUGUAAAUAUGCUGAUGUAAAAACAAAUGACUAUUAAACGUCUAUUAAAACUUGCCCCUU